AUGAACCAUGUGAAAAGCCGUCGUCCAAGCCCCAAAGUCCCCCAAAGACAAAUGAAACUUACAAUUGAACCGUCGGGGAUUAUGAAUGCUCUGACUGUUCCUGCAGCCGAUCCGUCCCUGUCGGGCUGGCAAUCCUCGCUAAUAGAAGAAACACUUCUCGGGGAAGAGUCGAAGCCAGAGCAGAGUACGCCCAAGGCGUUGCAUUUGCGGCUGCUUUUCUGGAGUUAUGGGACUGUCGGAUCUCGUACAGUCCUGCAGACCAGAAGUGAAUUCUCGUAUAUAGAAGACUUGGUCGGCUUCAUCGCUGACCUCAGUGACCUCCUCGCGGACGCGAAAAGGAAUGAAUGGGCCACCCGACCCUGGCAAUUUUGCACUCUGUUGCAUGCCAAAGGGGCGGAGAAGUCUGAUACAUAUCAGAGCUCGAUCAAGUCUCUAUCAGUGGAUAUUUUCCUGAGGGUGCCGUUCUCCAUCGCUAUGCAGUUCACAGCCUCGCGCCGGGACCAGAAUUUAACGAGCCAUCCGGCACUCCGCUUCGUGAAUGGGCAGCUGCCCGACUGGAAUACAAUUGGAAAUAACAUGGGGGAUAGGCCAGGCACUACUCAUGGCCAAGGUUGUAAAGGGGGAGCUUGCGCCGGGGAUCUUGUCUGUGUAUGGUUAUUGUAA